AGAAGAAGAGCAGCGGAGCCAGUUAGCUGCUGGCAAACGUGAGGCUAACGUGAACGUGAUGUCUACAACCUCCAAAGUGGUUCUGGGAGUUUCUGUGGUUCUGACUCUGGGCACAGUGACUGCGGUCCACAUCAAACAGGGCUGGGACAGAGAGCGUCUUCACGAGGGCGUGGUUCGGGAUCUGGAGCGACUGGAGCGGAAGAAGGAGAACCUGAGGCUGCUGCAGGAGCAAAAGGUUCUGACCCAGGAACUGGAGGAGAGGCGGCACAGAGAGUCUCAGCUCCGCCCACAGGACACCUGAGGUGUGCUCUUGUUCAGGUGUGAGGUGUACCAAAGGUGAUGGACAGCAGCAGCGAGCCUCUGGUGGGGGGGGAGGACGAGGCGGCCUGCACAUCAGCCUCAGAGGGCCUGGAGGAGGGGGAGGUGGAGGGGGA